ACAGAGAAAAAAACACAAUGAGGAAUCGAAACUGCAUCAUGUAACAAUAAAAUAUUAAUAAAUAAUAAAUAUAAAUAACAAGUCCUGGAUAUAAAAAAUGCCACAAGUAAAAUCAAAGUUCUUCCUUUUCAUUGUUCACGAAGAAAUAUUGUAUUUUCAUUUUUAAGAAAUAGAAAUUCCAGUUAUAUUCACUGAAUAUGAAGUCAUUGUAAUAAGACUCCAAUUUUAUUUUCGUCAUCCUGUUGUUGUCUAAGGAGAUAAAAGGGAAGAAAAGAAAACUAAAAGGAAAACAAAAACCAGGCUAAGCCUAUAGAAAAGAUGAUCAGAAAAUUUAUGGGUGGCGGGAUAUUAGAGAAAUCAGGUCAUUGUAUCCGGUCAUCUUCAUCGUCAUCGUCCUCAUCAUCAUCGGCAAAUCAGAAAUCAACACAGAGGUGUUUACGAUUCCCGACAAGAUGCUUACCAUUUUCCGAUGAGUUUUCGUUACUUGGUCUUACACCAUAUGCAUCUAAAGCUGACGUCAAACAUGCUUAUAAACGAUUAGCUCUCAAGUAUCAUCCGGAUGUGGUUAAAGCUGGAGAGAACAAUGAGAAACAAGAAACUUUUAAAGAAAUUAAAUCUGCGUACGAGACCCUUAUGGAUAGAUUUGAGGUGGAAGACGAGACGCCGGAGUCCGUGGAGGAUUAUGACGAGUUUGAUGAAUGGGAUGAAUGGAUGGGAUUUGAGGGAGGGAUUCCAGUAAUUUAUAAUCCAUCAUAAGUUAUGUUGUGUUAUUUUAAUUUUUAUUUGUUUUAAUUUAGACUUGAUCAAUUCUUGCUGAUUCAAUCAGCAAACAUUUUACGUUCCUGUAAAUUAAGCUCAACUGUGUAAAGUAAAAGGUCAAAAAAGGGAAUGACUGAAAUUUGGGCACCA